UAAUAAUAAUUAUUGUAAACGUCAAUCAAUCCUGAUUUUUGUUCUAUACUAACAUACCAAAUCUCGUUUUUUAUCUGAAAAAAUAAAAAAGCUAUAGGGGGUGAGGCACUUUUGAGAAACACCCGGUGUAGAAGAAAUAAAUAUCUAUUGUUCAGAGUACCCUUCAGUAUAUCAGUUUAAAAAAAGAUCAUUAUACUUGCAAAUGUUGUUUUUCAUAGCUUCAUGUCAUCUUUUAUCCUUUUCAAAACCAAAUCAGUACCACAAAGUGUAAGUAUAAAAAAAUAACAUGUAAGUUUUUUUUUCAUAACAAUUGUAUCCAUAUUAUAUCUAAACUAUUGCUGAUUUUAAUUUUCUCUAAGCCUUUGCUUUGUGUCUAUGAUGGAUCCAACACAAGAAAAAUAUUUAGAGGAAAAAUGUUUACUGGUAGAUAACCAGGAUAAUGUAGUAGGUGAAGCAACUAAAAGACAGUGUCAUCUAGUGAGUGAAAAUGGAGAUAUUCUACUGCACAGGGCAUUCAGUGUUUUUCUGUUCAACAGCAAAGGAGAAUUGCUGAUUCAAAAAAGAUCCCAUACGAAAAUUACUUACCCCAACAAAUAUACCAAUUCAUGUUGCAGUCACCCCUUAGCAGACAUCGCAGAAGAAAUAGAAUCUAAAGAUAUUGUAGGAAUAAAAAAAGCAGCCUUAAGAAAACUCAAUCAUGAGCUAGGAAUAGAACCAGAUAAACUCUCACUAGAUGACCUCAUCUACGUCACUAGAAUUCACUACAAAGACUCAGGAGAUGGUACUUUUGGCGAACACGAAAUUGACUACAUCAUUUUCAUCAAGAAGGAUCUGGAUGUCAAACCAAAUCCUAAUGAGGUGUCAGAUGCGAUAUACGUCAGUUUGAACAGAUUCGAUCAGUUUUUGAGUGAAGUUGGCGAUGAUGAGUUGACUCCUUGGUUCAAGAUGAUUUUUAAAAAGAAAUUGUUGGCUUUGUGGUGGAAAAACUUGGAUUACAUUGAUAAAUAUAUGGAUCAUAAGAAUAUACUUAAGUUAGAUAUGAACGACAAUUUAUAAUAUUCUUAAAUAAAUCAGUUUCGCAAACUUCAGAUAUCCCUAACAGACUAUAAAACUUUUAAACGCGGAUUGCUUCAUUCAAAACAAAAUUUAAAAAUUAAAGCUUAGAAUAAUAUAGAACUGGAACCUGGAUGUAGGUUUAUAAAGCUUGAUGUAACUCCGGACCCGACUCUUUUAAAAUACUGGAUCUACCCAUCUCCACCACCUAAGUAUAUUAAAUCUAUGUCGCACGAUAUAUUUUUAGCUUUAUAGCUUCACGCAAGCCAUAUCUCCUCUUCUUUUACUAUUAUGUUUAUCUACCGAUUUCAGCCCCGGAUCUAAGGGGGGGCAAACCGGGGCGCCUGCCCCGGGCCCCAGUGUCAGGAGGCGCCAAAAUCAUAAUAUAAUAUGGUUGAAAAUCAAAAAAAUUACUCCACAAAGCGCCUAGUAUGCACCUUACGUUCUUCUAUCAAGUAUUCAUUUAAUUUUAAAACGUCCAGUUAGUCUAAACUGUCCCGUUUACGAAAAAUGCCUAAAAUAUAUAU